AUGUUUGUAGAGGGAAAGAAGACUCUGUCGGAAUGUGAUUGUGUGAUUGGGAGGACACAUGGGCUCCCAUGCAGUUGUCGAAUCAACUCCUUUAAAGGAGCGGGAGACCAUUUUCAGAUAGCACACUUGGCACCAUUCUGGUCUACUUUGGACUAUGCUAAACCUCACGAUGCAAGACGGUUCGAAGACAAUGAUGCCAACGAUCUUCAGAUUUUUCAUGAUCUAGUGGCUGAGGUGUGUAGGAGUGGUCCAUCUGCAGUUCGAGUAGCCAAGGUCGCAUUAAUGAGUCAGCUUUACCCCGAAGAGGAAGGCCUUAGGGAUCCACGAGUGUCUACGAAGGCCAAAGGUCGGCCACCUAGAAGGGAAAACGCCCGUGAUCCUUCUUGGCAUGAGCACGCUGCCGCAUGCCAAGGUAGAAGGAGGACGAGGAGGAGGAAAUUAACCUCGGAUGAUACAGGUUAUUAA